AUGCAACACAUUCAAGAAUUAGCAAGAAUUCGUUCUGACAUGAAUGAUUUGAGAGCUCAAAUGGCUUCCUCUCAAAGAAAUUCCACUCACAAUACUGUUGGUACAACUCCAAAUAGACAAGCAGCGCUCAAUCGAAUGAAUAAUGAUUUGAGAGCUUUGAGAGGAUGUGUGGCUUCCACUGUUGCAAGAAAUCCACACGAGUCCAUGCAAUUGGCUAGCGUGGAUGUUGCCUCUUCUCAAAUGAUCAAUCAAUUGAGAACCAUGUAA